GAAUCACGUGUCUGCACUGCAGAGUGGUUUGAGAAAAUCUACCCACCCACAAACAGAAAGGAGACGAGACGAGAGGGCUGGACUGACAUCACUAUUAUAAUCUCUAGCAGUAGCACGCAACGACUCUUGUUUAUUUCAUUCUCAUCUGAUCGGGAAGUGCACAAGGUUUAAAAUGGCUUUUUUCUGGAAGACCAGCUUAUCGUUUCUCACUCUGCUUUUUGCAGUCGCCGCGGUCUGUGCCCAGGUUGGAGGUGGCGGAAUGCGUAUGGUCGGAGGCAGAACGGACGCGGACAUUGGAGAGGAAGGGGUUCAGGAUGCGUUGAAGUUCGCGGUGGCCGAGUUUAACAAGGCUAGCAAUGAUAUGUACAUCCACAGGGUCUCGAAGGUCGUCAAGGUGCAGAAGCAGGUUGUUGCAGGAAUCAAGUACAUUGUGACAGUGCAGAUGGGUCGCACAUCCUGCAGAAAGGGAGGCGCUGAGAAAAUUGAGCUGUGUGCAUUCCAUGAUGAGCCUGAACUGGCUAAGACAUCCACCUGCACCUUUGAAGUUGUGUCUCGUCUCUGGAUUCCAGAAACUAAGCUGGUGAAAAAUACCUGCACUUAAAAAUCUUAAGUGUUAUUCUAGUUAUGCUAGAAUUAAUAAUAAAGCAGUAUUAAGUAAUAAUAAACUAACUUUUGUAGUAGAAUUGUGUUUACACUUGCACUUAUCAUUCUUGCUGAAAUAGAUUUUCUGUUUUUAAACUGCCUCAAUUUAAUUUUUAGCUAUCGCUGUGCAAUUCAAUUCUGUAACUUUUAUUUUAAACAAAAUAAACACUUAUUAAAAA